CAGUUUUUUUUUGUUGUCGAAUUUUGAGAACAUUUGCAAUCGUGCACUCUGGUAACACGGAAACAGCUGUUGGGCCACGCGUUGGUCAAUCUAAUCUAAUCCCAAGGACUAUAAAUAAUCGCGUUCAAUCUUAUCUAAGAUUUUUUAAAGUGCCUUUUCUUGCCGAGAAUCAAUUAAGACAUUACCUGACCAGGUUUUGGUGCCAGCUACAAGCUCGUGGAACCCGUGAAACCUGUUGCUAACCUAACAAUUAACAGUUAAUUAAAGCCUCGCCCGCAUUUGAAAGCAACGAACCAAACAAGCAAAAUGGCAAACAGAAGAGGUGAAGAGUCGCCAUUCAUUGAUGAAAAGCGGCCAGUGAAACUGAAUCCAUCAUAUGAAUCCCAAAUGAAGGCGGACCCCAAUGGCAAAGGAUCUGGCUCCAUGAUGUCAAAACUCGUGUCAACCCUACAGCCGCCAGAGGAUAAAUAUAAACUAGUUUUCUUCAUAUUUGUGCUGCACGGGCUGGGCACACUUAUGCCCUGGAAUAUGUUUAUUACAGCAAAAUCAUAUUUUGAGGACUUUAAAUUGGGUGAAAAUUACACAGUUAAAAGCGAGGUUAAUUACAGAGGUAACUUUAUGCAGAAUAUGGGCUUUGCUUCACAAAUCCCGAAUGUCCUAUUCAAUUGGCUGAACAUAUUCAUGAACUUUGGCGGUGAUCUAACCAAGCGUAUAGUAUUUAGCAUUCUAUUCGAACUGGUUAUUCUGAUAAUAACUGUUGUGCUUGCCAUGGUGGACUCAUCCGAGUGGCCUGGCAUAUUCUUUUGGACUACAAUGUCAUCCAUUGUGCUUAUAAACAUGUGCAACGGCAUCUAUCAGAGCACUAUUUAUGGACUCGUUGCGGCCUUACCACCCAAAUAUACGGGUGCUGUUGUUUUGGGAUCAAAUAUAAGCGGAUGUUUUGCCACAAUUAUGUCUAUGUUAUGUUCCAUGUUUUUCACCUCAAUGCGAACAUCGGCUAUAUAUUAUUUUUUAACCGCAAUUUUAAUUUUACUCUUUUGCUUCGACACGUAUUUCGCGCUGCCUUUAAACAAAUUCUUCAAGCACUAUGAAAUGCUGAGCAGCGAAAAGAAAUCCGAGUCGCACACCCAGUUAAAUGUACCCUACUGGAAAAUUUUUAAGAAAGCUUCGCCACAGCUUUUUAAUGUAUUCUUCACCUUCUUUGUAACACUAGCUGUUUUUCCAGCCGUCCACUCGGAUAUCAAGCGUUCCAAAGAUUUUGUAAUUAGCGAAAAGUAUUUCACAUCACUCACCUGUUUCCUAACGUUCAAUGUGUUCGCGAUGCUGGGCAGCUUGACCACCUCCUGGAUACAAUGGCCUAGACCAAAAUUUUUAGUUGUGCCUGUAGUUUUACGUGUCGUUUUUAUACCCUUACUGAUAUUCUGUAAUUAUGCACCGAAAGAUAUUGUUAGAACUCUACCAGUUUUAAUUACCAACGAUUGGUUAUAUUGGAUCGUUGCGAUUAUAAUGUCCUAUAGCUCCGGCUAUCUAAGUUCCUUGGGCAUGAUGUAUGCACCACAGACAGUUAAUGUCAAAUAUCAAAUAACCGCCGGCAUGUUUGCCGCCGCGAUGCUUGUGACUGGCAUUUUCUCUGGCGUAAUGUUCUCAUAUUUGAGUCCACUUAUUAUACAACUUUGAAAUUUUCUUUCACUUCAACGAGUUGCUUUCAUUUUCUUUUUUACAUUGCAUGUUGCUUUAAUUACACAUAAAAGGAUAUUAAUAAAUGGACAAACUAAUUUGUAUACAUUAAGCAUUGAGUGUUCACUCUUUCACAGACUAAGAAAAUAUUACUUUAUAUUUAUCGCGUUGAAAAUAAAUACAAUACAAAACAACCGUAUGUGCAUUUGAAA